AUAUUUACAUUCUGUUAGAUCCAUCUGUAGGCUGCCUGUAGUUCGCAGAAUGUAUUUCUUAAGCUUUACUGCAAUUGUCUGAUAAAUAACCAAUACAUUAAUCAGAACUGAACUUUGACUCAGUGUGAAUGUUUUCUUUAGCAGUUACUGGGAGCCAGCUCAUCUCAAACGAACCUUAUGUGACUGGUGUUACGUGCUAUCGAAUGGCCUGUGGGUAAAAACUGCUCCUGUGUCUGGUUGGUUUGCCGUACAGUGCUCUGUAGCGCCUGCCAGAGGGGAGAAGCUGGAACAGGUUGUGUCCCGGGUCUGAUGGAUCUGCAGCGAUAGCGUGCAAUCUCACUACGAAUAUUUUGUUUUCAUUCUACUGAAGUUCCUGAAAACCAUUCAGUUAUAGAAACUGAUGGCAGAAAGUGUUCUCAGACACCUUUCGAAAACUCCAAAUUAGUCCUCUGAUUCAAAAGGAAACGUUUGCAGACAUGUCAGUUAGUGUGGCGCUAUUUGUGAUUUUAAAUGACAAUUGCAUUCGGUUCUUAGAAAGCAAAAAAGCAUGAAGAGUUUCCUGAAAUCGCAGGGCAAAAGUAAUGUGUCUUCAUGCUCUGAGUCACAGUGAACCUAAGAGAACUGCUGAGAGAAAAGAGAAAUUCAUUUAGUCAAACAAUCUUGUGCAUUGUUACUUUAAGUAAUUUCUCUUGGUUUGUGAGGCCCCUCCUGCAUGUUAGAGUGAUGAUUUGUUAUUUGAAAUGGUACAAUAUGCUGAGCAGUUCUAUUUGUGGAAAGAAGAAGUACAAAGAAGACCACAGUUUUUUCUGUAAAUUCCAGGGGACCUACCGUCAGCUUGUUGUCAGUCUGUGAAUCCUAUGAACUGUGUCAAAAGUUGUCCCCGCCCCUCCACGCAGAGUGUAUAACUCUCCAAAAUAUUUCCUAAUGUUCAUGCUCAGUGAGCAGCGACUGCAUUGACUGUAAAUGGUAUCAGACUGUGGGUGUGAGAUCACCCUCAAACUCACUCUCUUGGUUUCAGUCUUUCAGUCAGUCCCAGGCGACAUGGUUGGCUGUGGAUUUCAGUUAGACUCAAAAUGUUCUUCCUAUGCGAACCAUUCACAUGUUUUCAUCCUUGGUCUGAUCCUUGCUUGCUACUCUACACUCUCCUCUCAUGUUCAAGCAUCUUCAGUUCCAGUGACUUGCAAGUCAAAGAACAUUUCUUCCAAAUAUCAGCUCUGUGGAAUUCACCCAGAUGGAGUCCGUGAUUUACAGUGUUUUGGUAAAUAUGAUUCAGUUGGUAUACAAAUCUGUGAGUGGAAACCUGGAAAACACACAUCAAAAAAGACAUACACACUCAUGAUACAACAACACAGGAAAUUGUGCAGAGUUUACAAAAACAUCACUGAAAUCUCUACGACGAUCACAUUAUAUAAAAAUGGAAACAUCACUGCUGAGGUUUUUGAAAACAGUGAGUCAACAAACUGCACAAAAGCCGUUUUCAGAGGUUCACCAAGCAGCUUGUUGCGAUGUGGCCCUCCAUAUAAUGUGUCCUUCAGCCGCCACUCUGGAAGACUAGCUGUGAAUGUGAACUGGCAAAAGGAGGACAAAAAGGCCAUUAAGUAUUACUCUGUGAGAUAUAAAGCACUGGGCAGUCUGUUAUGGAGCAAGUCACAUGUGCAAUCCCAAAAUGCAGAGAAAUGCACAGUGGAGAAUCUGAACUCCUCAUUGGUCUACGUUGUACAGAUACAGUGUGUCACUAAUAAGAAAUGCUCACAGUGUGCAUGGAGUGAAGCCUACACUGUCCCAUCAGAACUGACAACGCAGCCUGUCAUUGUCAACCUUGAUAAUACUGACAUUGCAGAGACAAAAGGCCAGCGGCGGCUUUCUUUAACCUGGAAGUUUUCUGCAAAAGAGCUAUAUGAUGGCUUCUAUGUGACCAUUGGGAAAGCGUCAGGAGAGGCCCCAUGUGAGCGGAUGAACACCACUAAGCCUGAGAUCAGACUGAUUCUCUCCUAUUCAGCUUAUCAUCUCAACAUCAGAGCUUUCAACAACGCUAGCACCUCCCCAGCUGUGAACCAGACAAUACCACAGCGAGAAGACAAGCCCAGUAUGGGAGCUGGGAAACUGAAUGUGACAGUCCACAGCAAGACAUCUUUUACUAUCUUUUGGCAAGACGAUGUUAUCAAAAACUAUGUCUGCUAUUCUGUGGAGUGGAUGAAGAAGGGACAUAAAGCAAUGUACAAGUCCUUUCAUGAGAAUGAAAACAACUAUAGGAGCCUAUCUCCUUUACCAGAGCCUUUGGAGCCUUAUAAGAGAUACAGCAUCACUCUGCACACACGACCAAACAAGGACACCUGCAACAUGAAGCAUAUUAACAACAGUGAGCUCACCUAUGGGAGUACACAGUUCUAUUUCAUUGAAGGAUCUCCUGUCAGUGCUCCCACAAACAUCAGAAGCUACAAUGUGACGCUGACUUCAAUGGUGCUGCAGUGGUCUUUUAUCCCAGAGGAAGACAUCAGAGGUUUCCUACUGGGUUACAUAAUCCUCUAUAGCGAGUACCAGUACAGGGGGACAAGUAUGGAGAGAAACAUUACAGUGGAUCCACUGUUAAACAGCUAUGAGUUGGCGGAUCUUAAAAGUGGCACAGUAUAUAAAGUCCAGAUAUUAGGUUUCACCCAAGCAGGAGCAGGAGUACGAAGCACAGCAAGCCUCUUUACAACAGACUAUCAAGGAGCUAAUCUCAGUGGUGUCAUCACAGUCUGUGCAGUUGUGGCCCUUGUGCUGAUAUUUGGAUCUCCAAUAAUAAAAAGAGCCAAAGUCAUUCUGUGGCCAAGCAUACCUAACCCUGGAAACAGCAAUGCAAUGCAGAAAAUAGAAGGGCCCAGUGAACUGGAACUAUUAGAGUCCAUCAACACUCUGAAGGUGGAAGAAUGGGAUACAAAUAGUCUUCAGAUAAUUGAGAAAGAAGAUGAGAUCCCUGCUAGCACAUUAGCAUCAACGUUACCGCUUCUCCAUGUCUCAGAGGAUGAGGGAGACUCACCAGAAAUUACUUUUAACUGGAUCCAAAGAGACACAGAGGAUGCAACUGGAGAUAUCCUACCUGACAUUACUGCAGAAACAUUCUUGGACAUCCAUAGGACAGACCCACAGAGUUCUCCUUUUGCCUUUUCAAGUGAAUAUACAACAAUGGAAAUGUUUCAGCAAGGGAUGCCUCAGGGCAUGCCGGUGAAUACAUCGGUUACUGAAGCCAUGGAAAGCGACCCAGAGGACACAGACUUGACUGAGGGGAUUUCGCAGGAUCUCGGGAAUCCUGUGAGUCACCGGGUUCCGGCGGGAUUCCUGCAGGAUGGGAGUCAAUUUCACUGGGAGUGGGAUGGAACAGGAGGAAUCCACUCCCAUGCCACCCUCGAAGACACACACACAAACGCUGCUGUAUCAGCCACAGCCACGGUCCAGCAAGACUAAACAACCACUGAUGUAAUGUGAGGUCAUCGCAACAGGUUCUGACAAUCAACUCUCAGGGGCCAGUGGGGGAUGGUGACUUUCCUGACCUUUUUCAAUCCCAGAAUGGGCCCCCGACAAGCCUUACGGUGAUGACUCAGAUUCUAGUAGCACAGACAAGGGCGACAACGACAAGGACAAAGAACACAAUGUCAUAGUCUAAAAAUUAAACACAAAUUAUGCCCCCCACACGAAGUAUGGACGUUUUGAGAGACUUUGUACAUCAGGAUCAGACCCCACAGGAGACUGAUGAUUACAACUAAACAAAACGAGGAUUCACUGUUGAAGGAUUACCUAUGGUUUCAUACUUUCCAGACGGAGCCCAACUUCUGGGUGAUGGUAAUAGCUAUUAUAAUGUUGUGGAGGUCAGGAACCCAGGUCAGGGCCAGCGAUUAAGUCUCAAGGCACCCAAAUGAAUCACUGCAGAAGGUCAAGAGUUCAAUGCAGAGUUUAUUCUUUCACAAGAGAUAAACCUCAGAGUGGUCCGGACCAAACUGACUUUCGGAGCCUCGUACAUAGUCUUUUAUAGCCCACAAGUCCCUCCUAUCUGGGGAAUUCCCCACCUACUUUUCUUAAAACUACUCAGGUUACUCCCAGAAAUAAUGGGGUCACUUUUCCUUAUUUGGGGUGAGUUUCCCUGGUCCGAUUUUAAUGGUAUCUCAGUGCUGAUUCCACCCCACCACAAAAUGAAGGAGGAUCACUUAGAUACAUCCAAGCUCUCUUCAAAAACAGUAUUAGCAAACCUUUACAUCAAGUGCCCAAUCCCCCAGGAGCAAACGGCGAAUCGUUUCUACAGGUGUAUACCAUACAUAGUGGAUACAUGGAUAGAAAAAAUAAAAUUCUUCACAUACUGUCAGUUGUGUUGGAAAUGCUUUUUACUAAACGUUAUCACAGGUUCACCACUUCAAACUGAUGCCUUGUGUGUGUAAAAAAAAAGAAAAGAAAAAAAGCAGGGAAAGAAAAAAUACAAGAAAAUUAGGUUUGUAAAAGCUAUAGAAGUCUUUAAGUCUUCUUUUAAAAGAAAAGCGUUUAAAAUAAUAACAAGCUUUCAUAGAAACUUAAAAAACGCUGAGCUCAACCUGGGGCCAGUUUGCAGAUACAUUUUUGACACAAUCACAAUACUGCAAACUGCAACACUAAAAAUACAAAACAAAUCCACAAAAGUCCCAUCAAUGUUCAGUCUAUUCUGCUAUUAAUUACUAAAGACAACUGACAAUACUUUAAUAUAACAUCUCAUUAGUUUUAGCUAUUAAACGUCCUUAACAAUAAAUUCAGGUUGCACCUGUCAAUAAGUCUCCAUAUUUUAUUAGAAUAUUCUGUACAAUCUUAGUCUAGGCACUUUUUGACCCUCCUGUGCUUGCAAGCAGUUUGUUUACAUGUGACAUAUCUCCCACUGUGAGCUCUGUUUGCGUCCCAUUUUUUUGAGCAAUGAGCCGACAGACAUUUUGCACACCAACAUCAUUUUUACAGUAUAGGCCUGUAUUGUAUUUAUAAAUCAGUAAGUAGUUUUUAUAUCACAGCAUUACAACAAUAACAGGAAAAGGAACAUGAUACACUGUGAGACACCUCGCAAUCAGAAAUAUAAAAAAGCAAGUAUAUGUACACCCAUAAAACAAAAACAGGACGUAAAACAAUGUAUUCAUGUUGAGAAAUGUAUCUUUUUACUAAAAUAUAGUAGCAACAGGUUCACAGAAACAGUAGAAUACGAUUCUGCAUCUCAUAAUUACAGCACAAGUCAUAAAAAUCAACACCGUACAUUUUGCAGGACACCCCAGUUCCCAGAUAAUAAAGAAAAAUGGUGCAAAACAGGGAAUAAAAAGGACACUUCACAGACCUGGUAGUUCAAAUUGUCCUUUAACACCACACAAAGGGCAAACGAGCAUUUUAGAAUCAGCAGAAAUCCUGUUGUUUUUCUUUCACCCAUACACUGAGAGUGGCCCUCAUGUUCUUACAUUUAGAUUCUUUGAUCAAGGAACAUGUAUUAAAUAUGCAAUGUGCCAUUUGUUUCAAACAGAAUAUGGGAAGUUGCUGUCACGGCCACACCAAGGCCAGAAGCAGAGCAGCAGAAUAAGAGGAAAAACAUUCACACCCCAUGAGACCUCAGUCAGAGAGAGGCAUGUUUAUUUUUUACCUCAUGAGGUGUCAAUAAUGACAUAUGAAAUGUCAUACUUUUUAAAGAACAUUUCAGCUGGCUAAUAAAAGUAUGUUUGAACUGGUAAACUGGUAAGAACCUUGUUUUGAUUGGUACUUCCUUAGCUUUUUGGUGUGCUAGUGAGCAGUAAAUGCUAAAUAUAGAUACACAACCGAAAAUGAUAAUGGCCUGACAAAAUGCAACUGAUGCAAAAUAUAGUAUCCAACAACUGUAUGCCUGUUGCUCACCACUUGUUUGGGUUGUACUGCACUCUCUGUAAACUGGUUGUAUGAUAAAUGAAAAGCCAUAUGAGAAACUGACAAUUCAAAUGCGAGCUCUGAGACAAUUAGGGAAUUACAGGAUGUAAAACAUCCCCAAAAACAAAUUCUGGUGUUCAUAAUUCAUUCAGUUACCACUGAAACUGAAGUUGCUGUAAUUUUCCUAGAAUUUUAAUACUUUGUAUUAAAUGCUGCUUGAGGAAGUGUGCCAAGCUUGAAAUGUGUUGCAAGUAGCUGCCAGUCCAAGCCUUUUGUGUUCUUUGUGCCUUUAAGUGCAUGCUUCUGUGCACAUAUUGAGCAGAUUAAACCUAUGUAGCAAUAAAGGCAAAUGUCAACAUUUUAAAAUCUCUCUGAAAAACUUUUCCAAUCUCACAAAUUAAUGAGGCAUAAUGUAAGAUACAAACAUUUUAUUACUGUUAACGCAGAUUGUUGCUGCAUAUUGCUAUUUGCAAUAAUCAAGACAAAAACAUUUUUUAAAAAAGGAAAUGACAUACAUACUACAGUAUGACAUAAAUACGGACAAUCUUAGAGGCGUGAAAGGCGUUUUGGACUUUUGAAGUGUAUGGUCAAGAUGUAACUGGAGGAAUUGAGAUAAAAAUGUCUUUUUCCCAUCAGGUAGAAUCCAUGUAACUAGGGACAAAGCUGCAAUUAAAAUCUGGCUUCAAAUUGCUGGAGAAACACGUACUACGAGGAGUGUCAAAAGCUCUGCAGCUGGUUCAGGCGGCCUGCACAUGUUUCUAAUCUGCUGGG